UCUUCUUCAUUUCUUUCUUUCUUAUACUUCUUCAAAAAUCAAUCCUUUUACAUCUUCCUUCUCUCUCUCUCUCUCUCAAAUACUCGUUUAUAUGAUUCUUCCAAACUCUUUCUCCCUUUUCAUGCUCUCAUUUUUCCCCUCUUAGAUUUUUACAGGUGUAUCUUUGGAUAAUUUCUUUACUUUUCUUUUCUCUUUUCCUUUCCUGGAAUCUGUAUUUUCUGGGAAAAUAUCCCAAGGAGAACUUUAUCCGACCAACUCUGCUUGGAAUUUUCUAAUAUUUUUUUUGGAGGUUCUGGUGGAUUAACUAAGGGAUUCGGUGUCGGUACACGUCCUAUUUUUGCAGCCAUGGUUGUCGAGAAACAGAGUGAAGGCAUGUUGUCAAACAACUCUGUCGUGGCUGGUAACUGCAUUACCAAUGGUGAUGCAAAAUAUAAGUCAGAGAGCCCGUUGAAGGAUCUGUAUGAAAGUGCACCAAAGGUUAGAAAACCUUACACAAUUACCAAACAAAGAGAAAAGUGGACAGAGGAGGAGCAUCAAAAGUUUCUUGAAGCCUUGAAACUUUAUGGUCGAGGUUGGCGUCAAAUUGAAGAACAUGUUGGUACUAAAACUGCUGUUCAGAUUCGAAGUCACGCUCAGAAGUAUUUCUCUAAGGUUGUUCGUGGUUCAAGUGGGAGUGUUGAAGGGUGCAUGAAACCGGUUGAGAUUCCUCCACCAAGGCCAAAGAGGAAGCCUAUGCAUCCUUACCCUCGUAAAUUUGUCGAGUCCUUCAAUGGAACAUCAGUUUUAAAUCAACUAGAAAGGUCUCCAUCCCCAAAUUUUGCUGCAACAGAUAAAGGAAUAAAAUCUCCUACUUCAGUUUUAUCUAGUCAUGGUUCAGAUGCAGUCGGUUAUGAUGCUUCUGACCACCAGCAUAACAGGUCCCCUUCGUCAACCUCAUGUACAACUGAUAUGCAGUCAAUCAGCCUAUCUCCUUCAGAUAAGGAAAACUGUUACUUGAUGUCCAACUCAUCUGCUGAAGAGAAGAUACCAGGAAAUCAUUUAUCUUCUCAAUCAAAUGUGGAGAAUGUCUUAUCUGUGAAAAUUGAGCCAGGUUGUAAGGACACAGCACACAAUAACAAAGAAGACAAACUAUCAACUUCAACAAGUUUCAAGCUUUUUGGAAGGACGGUGUUGUUAUCCGACCUUGAGAAGGAAUCUCAUUGUAGUACUGAUGAUUCUGAAGCACUGAAAACGGAUGAAGGGCAGAAAUUAGACACAAAUUUGUCUCUCGGUGGAUUUGGAUUUGCUAGUAACUGUAGUCCAUUGGAAAGUUCUUCUCCUAGCAACCAAACAGAACAACAGAAAGAAAGCUCCAAUAUUGUAAAACUAAAUGGUGAUGCUCAAAUGCUCUGGUGGUCUAUGCCCCAAUUUCCCUUUCAUUACCAAGCGGCAUACAAUCCAAGCACAGGUCCAACAUCUACAGAAAUGGAAGAGAAGGAAAUUAAGAAGGAAAGAUCUUGUACCGAUUCAAAUGAGGGUUCUUCCAGUGGAGUGGAAACAGUGGGAAACAGAAACAUAGAAGCUUUUAAUUCCUUUUCUCAAGAACCUCAUCGUAAAGCGAGUGUUGAACACUGCAAUUCUAGGAAGGGGUUUGUACCAUACAAGAGAUGCUUAGCAGAGAGAGACAACCACUCAACAGCUACCAGUGACAGGGAAAGACGGAAAGUUCGAGUUUGCUGACAAUUUUCUGCACCUCGGUUCUCCUUGACUCACAUGUAGUUAGAGCAUUUAUUGACCAGAAUCUAGAGAAUGUCUUAGAGAACUGGAAAGGGUGAAAAGGAGCAAAAUCUAUUUUACCUUAGCCAUUUUGAUUUGUUACAAUUUCAACUAGCCUGCCACUAUUUUUUCCCUUCUGAAGUUGUCUGAGAGCUUUCCAGGCUGAUUCUGAUUGGCAUUAUGCAUUCUCUUCUCUCCUCCUUGCAGAAGUUAAAAGAAAGACUUAAGAAGAGUAGUAGAGGAGUAAGUUCAAGCAUUCAUGUUGGGAUUUUAAUCAGUUUGGAGUCUUUGGACCUAACAAGUGUCCAUGCACCUAGUGCACCCCAGUUUGUUUAGAGCAUUACUGCAUUUGGUUUUUGCUUUGUAGCAAAUAAUUGUAACUUUAUUUUUAGAAAAUAAAUUUCUACUUAUAUUCUUUUAAAA